AUGCACUGACGGAUAGCAUUCAAGGCGCAUCCGCUUUAACAUUGGUACAAAUAACCGAGUGCUGGAUGUUUAAAUUGCGAUGUUCUAUGGUCUCGGUUUAACGCAGGUCCUACUGAAUAUCCUGAUGUCAUCAUGGCAUGGAAAGUAAUUGGAAUUUUUAGAAUUUUACUGGUGGCGAAUGCGGUAUUUGGGAAGAAUUUGAAAUUCGAAGAAUUUCCCGACGAUUCUCCGGAAUAUGACAGCAAUAUUGCGUGGCUAUUUCGUAAUAGAGGGAGCGAAGGGGAUGUUGAGAAGACGGAAGAAUUCAAAGUUUGCCAGACAGACACCUGUAAAGGACUCGCAAAAUUAUUUCUGAGCGGUAUGAAUAAAUCGGUUGAUCCCUGUGACAAUUUCUAUGAAUAUGCCUGCGGAGCAUGGAAUGACAAAUUCGAUUUGAUACCGCCUUAUGAAGAGUCCUGGGGACAUUCGGCGAUGUUUCAGGAACUCGUGACGAAGAGAGUCAAAGGGAUCUUGGAAUCGGCACCUCAACCCAGUGACAUUUUACCCGUGAGACAGGCGAAGAAACUGUACAUGUCCUGCAUGGAUCAGGAGGCGCGGGAGAAACGGGGACUGGAGCCGUUGGAGUCCAUCAUAAUUCGGACCGGAGGGUGGCCGAUGAUUAUGGAUCCGGAAGAAUGGUAUGGAGGGGAUCAAUCUUGGCAAGAGAUUGAGAAGAAUUACUUCUACGUCAGCGGCAGGUUCACUUUCUACGAUAUUGAAGUCCCGUGGUGGAGAAAACUGAUCCGGCAGGACUUUGAGGGAACCAUAACUAUCGAACCUGCUCAUCUACCAUUCUAUAAGGAGUUGAGGGCUGCACGGAAAAAUUCUACGGAGGAAGCGUUGAAAACAUACGCAAAUAUAAUUGAAAAAGUUGCUAAGGAAUUUAUUAAACACAAUGGCGCCGCUGUAACCAAAGAGAUGUUGCGGGAGGAUGUUGAGGCUCUAAUUACCUUCGACAAAAAACUGUAUAAGAUGAUUGAAGACACUAAUGAUUACCAAGAACGAACACUUCGAGAGUUUAUCCAAAAUUAUACUGACAAGGUGACUGAUCUCUCAAAGAGGGAUCAAAUCGACUUUGAAACUCUUUUCAAAAUGUUGUUUGGAAUGGAGAACAUUGAGAUUAAAGAUUCCACCGAGUUAGUGGUUCGAUCAUCACCUUAUUACAGUAAUCUAACAGUAUUGUUAAAAGAGACGCCCAUCCGAACUGUUGCCAAUUACAUUCACUGGAAUUUCGUUAGCCGAAUGCUGGUGUAUACAACGGAAAACUUGAAGGAUACAUUUAAUGAGCUGAAGGAGGAAGAGACAGGUGUUGGAACGGAGGAACCUCGAUGGCAAGAAUGUGUGGACCAGAACAAAAUGAUACAUGCCGCUUCCUAUGCCUUUGCCACGAAAUAUUUUGAUAAAAGAACAGAGAAAGCGGCAUCAGAAAUGACGGAAAAUAUUCGUGAAGAAAUGUUAUCACAAAUCGACCGGUCAAAUUGGCUUGAUGAUGAUGCGAAAAAACUAUCGAAGGAAAAAUUGAGCGAUAUCAAAGUGUUCCUCGGAUUUCCGGGCUGGUAUAAAAACAAAACUGCAGUUAUGAAUUCAUACAAAGGGCUGAGCAUUGGCUACGACUACUUCGAGAAUAUUCUGAGUUACGAGAAAUACGAAGUGCGAGAGAAGUUGCGAUACUAUAAGAACGAAAAGGAGGAAGAACCCUGGGAUAUUGAACCUGUGGUUGUCGAUGCCUUGUACGGACCACACGAUAAUUAUAUAAAUAUGCCCGCUGCUGAUUUCCAACCACCAUUAUUCACUCCACAUCUUCCUGAUAAUAUCAAUUACGGAAUCGUUGGCUGCGUAAUAGGCCAUGAGAUGGGACAUGGAUUCGACGAUUCAGGAAUUAAACUGGGGAAGGAUGGUAAGAAAAGUAAAUUAUCGAACGACAUGAUAGAAUUGUAUUACAAGCGCGCUGAAUGCUUCUUGGACCAAUACAAUGAGUAUUGGGGUGUAACAGAACCCACAUACGAUGAUACGACUCCAGGAUAUGGACGAGGAAGUUUGGGACGCAAGACCAGGGGCGAAAAUAUUGCCGAUACAACCGGACUUCACUCGGUGUUCGAGGCCUAUCGAAAAUUACGAGCGAAGAAAGGCACACCUGACGAAAAAUUGCCUGGUUUCGAGGAUUACACCGAUGAACAGAUGUUCUUCAUGUCAUUCGCAUUUGUUUGGUGUGAAGUUCAAAAGCCAGAAUAUGCGAAAAAGAUGAAGGAAAUGGAUGUCCACAGUCCUGGCAGGUUGAGAGUGAUUGGGGCAGUGUCAAAUACCAACGAUUUCGCCCGAGCUUUCCAAUGCCCGAAGGGAAGUGCCAUGAAUCCUGAGGAUAAGUGCAAUAUUUGGAAAGCUGAGAAAGAAUUCCUGAUCAAUGAAGUCGACAAAUCAUCGUGCGACAGAAGAAAACGCAGCAGAUGGGCCUUGAACGGGUGGUGAUUUUUACAACGAUAAUUAAAUAUGUUUAAUGUUGAUAAAAAGAUCUAUCCCGUUCUUAUCUUCAAGUCAACACCUUGAAGAGCACAUUUUAACAAAAAAGACUCAUCUAUCUUGGUGAUGUGUACAUGUAUCCACUCCCCCAUAAAAAUAUCGUUAUGAAAUAAAAAAUGAUUUUAAAGAUGA